CGGCUGACGUCAUAGCACGAGAAGGAGAAAGGUUAUAAUUUAGAACAUUGGACAAAACAUCGGAGAACUGAUCACAGAGCAGCAGCCGAAUCAACCAUUGAUAAUACAUACAUAUUCACGGAGGGAGAUAAUGGAUUCAAGUAAACACCACAUGGACCCUACCGUCAGAAAUCUACGGAAAUUGGAGGAAAUAGGGAAACGUAAUCGAGUUCCUGAGGAAGUUCAAAAACAAAUCGAGCGUUGUCUUCACAGUAUUCUGGCCCGAGAUGAAUAUUGUGAGGCGAUGUCCUCUCCUGCCAGCCAGGGUGUUAGUUAUAUAAUAGAACAGACCGCUCAACACCCAUGGGACAAGCUCAGCAAAGACGGAACAAUUCCCUACAUGUCUCCGAGAAUGGUUUCGGGAAAGCUAGAAGGUAAUUUUCUCAAAAUUCUUGUGAGUAUGAGCAACGCUAAGAAAGUACUGGAAGUAGGACUAUUUACCGGAUGUGGAGCUUUAACCAUUGCUGAAGCACUUCCGGCAGAUGGCACUGUAGUUUCGUGUGAAAUUCUUCCAUACAUACAAGAUCUCGCGCGCAGUUAUUUAGACAAAUCACCACAUGGAAAGAAAGUAACGAUCAAAGGAGGACCGGCGCUCGCGACAAUAAAAGAACUAGCGAGAGAUGGAGAACAAUUUGACGUCAUAUUUCUCGAUGCUAACAAGGACGAUUACUUCAGCUACUUUGAGGCAAUAAUGGAUAACAACAUGUUAUCUCCUGGAGGGACCAUUCUGAUGGACAAUGCUUUGUUUCUCGGGUCCGCAUACCUCCGGGACGAAAUGGAGUUUGGUCAAACUACACAUAAAUUCAACGAGUUCAUUUUAAAGAACCAAGACGUCUACCAGGUGAUGGUUCCUAUCAGAGACGGGCUCCUGAUGAUAAGACGGAAGGUGGACGUGGAGGGCUCGGUAUAGACUGCGGCAGAUUAUGACCACAUGGUCUUGAACUACUGACUUCCUGAACCACACUCUUCUGUAUGGUGCGACAAUCAGUUCACACAUCACUCUACUAGUGGGCGUUAUAGCUGACAAUAAAAAACAACAAACAAUACUGAUAUACGUUGUGUACUCUCUGUAUAUAACACAACACCGUACGUAAUUAAAAUCAAUGAAACGAGGGCAAAAUGUGAGCAACGAAUAAGUUUGAGACCCUUGGAAAUGAUAACACAAAACAGACAUUCAGGAGCUGUAGCGUUAUUAUACAAUGUAUCUGAAUGUUUACAUCAGCUCUAUCAGUAGCGAAUGUUUUUGUUUGUUUGUUAUUUUCCAUAUGAAAUGUACUUGUCAUCCUAUAGGACCGAACUAACCAUCAGUUCCAUACCCAGGCCGUCUGGUAUCUGACCGACUUCCAAUGUAAAAUUCUUUGUUUUUCAAAAUGAUUUACCAAGUUGUGGUAAGUAGCUGGUUCUAUCUCGUUAUGCAAAAGAAAGUAAAAAUAAAUAUUUUGGAGACGCAUCCUGUUUUGAAUGGGAAA